AUGACUGUCCCAUUCCCAGACAUUGAUCCGUACGCAGAAUUGGGGUGCAAGCCCGAGGACGCGCCGCCGUCGAUCAAGAAGGCGUACUAUAAACUCUGUCUUAGGUUUCAUCCGGACAAAUUGUCGGAACAGGACCAGAAGAAGUAUAAAACUAAGUUUGAGAAAAUACAGUUCAGCUAUCAGGUGCUGGGUGAUCCAAAAAGACGCGAACGCUACGAUAAAACUGGAAACUUAGAUGAAAGCGUAGCAGACGAUGACGAUUUUGAUUGGUAUGCGUUCUUUCAAGAGAUGAGAGAGUCGGAUGUGAAAGUCACUGCUGAGCUGAUCGAAAAGGAUAAGAAAAGCUAUCAGGACUCAGAGGAGGAAUACCAAGACGUGCUGGAAACGAUGAUCUACUACGAGGGAGAGUUUCUCCGUCUGUUUGAGACAAUACCUCAUUUGGAAUUUUCAAAAGAGGAAGAGGACCGCAUGUUCAAGCUGGUGCAACAGAUGGUUGCCGAUGGAACGCUGAAAAAUUACAAGAGUUGGAAGACAUACGCAAAAAAUCGGACCUCAGAAAUGAAAAAGAUGUUCCGCCAGCUGAAGAAGGAGAGCAAAGAGGCUGAGGAGGCUCUGAAGGAAAUCAACGAGAAAAACGAGCUCAAACUGAAUGGAUCAGAAGAUUCCCUGCGGCAGCUGAUCCAGUCUAAAAAAUCGCAUACUUUCGACGAUCUCAUCGCCAAAUACAGCAAACAGAGUAAAAAGCAAUCCAAAAGAUCUAAGAAUUCUGAGUACGAUCUCGAUGAUGAAGAGUUCACGAAAAUUCAGAAAAAGAUGAAAAAACAGCGACACAGCUGA